UUGUUUCGAUUGUGCUACUCUAUAAUUUAACAAUGUCGAGGACUCCCCAACGAGACCCAAAUGUGGUUUAUUAUAAUACAAGCCAUCCCGAAAGAUCUAUUCUUCCACGAUUGGACCCUGCCCAAUUUCUUUCGAGUUUUGAUCGAAUUUAUCGGGUGAGAUCAUUCUUAUACUCAGGGAAGAAUUGGCCAAAUUUAUCAUCGAGCCAUAAUCUAUGCUUGGCCUUGCACUCUUCAAUGGAAAGCUUGCAACAAUUGCUCCAAGUGACCAGGACCUUUUCUGGUCCCAUCAGUCUCUCUCUAUUUACACCCGGACCAUAUUAUGGGCUCAUUAAUCUGUUCUUGCAACAUGCGGCAAAAUGCCAUCCAAAGGUUAUGAGAAAUCUGGCAAUUCACGUCAUGUUCCCAAUUCAAUUUCCACUUACAAUAGAAGAUAUACCAAGUAAUACAGAGGUGAAUUGUUCCACGCCCUAUGACCUUACUCGACAUAGAUUGGCAGCCUUCAAGAAAUUGGUUUAUCCCGAAUCUCGAAUGAGGAACCUGGCUCAAAGAGGAUGUCCAACACCUUUUACAUUUAUAUUUGAUAUUGAUAUGAGGAUUCCCGAACAAUUCGAUAAGGAUGUGGAAUACUUUCUCGCGACAAAAGGGAACAGAUGCCCCAAGUGUAUCUUCAUCAUACCUGUUUAUGAGGUCGAUGGUCUAACUGCAUAUGCAAAUCUUCCUCGGAAUAAAACUGAACUUUUGGACCAAGUCAAAAGUAAAAAAGCUCGAAUUUAUCACAUCAAAACAUAUCCUUGGGGCCAAAAGAUGUCCCAUUUGGAACAAUGGGAGAAGUUGCCCAAAGAUGUGGGGCCUCAUGUGGCGUAUGAGUUGGAAAAGUACCAGUUUACAUAUGAACCGAUUUUCAUCGGGCCUACGAGCAUGCCCUCAUUUGACGAAAGGUUUACUGGGUUUGGACUAUGUCGAAAUACUCAGUUUUAUGAAUUGUUCGUUGCUGGUUUCCAAUUUCACUUGCUGAACGACGGCUUCCUGAUUCACAUGGGCUUUAAGGUUCCUGGUGAGCGAAAACCUUGGAAAUCCAAGGAGUUAUUGAGAAACCAAAGACUUGUUCCUCAAUUUGCGCAAGAGAUUAAAGUCAAAUAUGGUCGGGAUCCCUGCCAAAUGAGCCUCAAACUUCGGACGUAUCGACCAUCCAAAUGGAAAGAUAUUGAUUGUCCGAUCAAUGAAAAGCCACUUGAAAAUAAUGUGCAAAGUAUGAUCAAUUUUAUGAACGUUACUUGAAUAUAUUAAUCAA